GUUGAGUUAUUAGCCAUUGGUAUCUUCAAUGGCGCCCACUGAAACUGAAGGAGCCUCAUAAUCGGAUUCUCAGUCAAAAUUCCAGAUUUGCAAACCUUUUUUGUACUUCCAGAGACACGGAAACUAAUGUUACUGUUUCUUUAGGGUUUCUUUCUCGCUUUUUAAGUAAUUUUAUUUAGGGUUAUAUAGAUAUAGUUAUGCUAUAAGGGGUAGUGAUAUUGGGUACAGAAGCAAUCGAAGGAAAAAAUGUCGAGCUGGCGUAGAGUGUUGAAGUCCUUACAGGCACUGGCGGCUCAUAGCCUCCUCCUUUGUUUCACCGUCCUCCUCGUCCUCAAGCUCGACCAUAUCGUCCCUAACUCUUGGUGGGUAGUUUUUUUCCCACUUUGGAUAUUUCAUGCAGUUGUUGCCCGAGGAAGAUUUUCGUUACCUGCUCCUUCAGUCCCUCAUAAUCGCCAUUGGGCACCUUGCCAUGCAAUUGUCGCAACACCAUUGCUUAUUGCAUUUGAGCUGCUCCUUUGCAUACAUCUGGAGAGUGUUUAUGUUAUUGGUUCUGCAGCAGUAAACUUGAAGAUCGUCUUUCUUCCCUUACUGCUAUUUGAAAUCAUUGUUUUAGUUGACAAUUUCAGAAUGUGUAGGGCACUGAUGCCGGGAGAUGAGGAAAGCAUGAGCGAUGAAGCAAUAUGGGAGACCCUACCUCACUUCUGGGUGGCAAUUUCAAUGGUUUUCUUUGUGGCUGCUACAGUUUUCACCCUCCUAAAGCUAUGUGGUGAUGUAGGUGCCCUUGGCUGGUGGGACUUAUUUAUAAAUUUUGGCAUCGCGGAGUGCUUUGCCUUUCUUGUUUGUACAAAGUGGUCUAAUCCGGUGAUUCACAGAAAUUCUCACACAAGAGAAGCUACUUCAUCUUCCACAACUAUCAGAUAUCUUGACUGGAAUAGUGGUUUAGUAGUUUCUUCUUCCGAGGAGGAUCAGCAUACAGAUAGAAUGUGCGGCCUGCAAGACAUUGGUGGCCAUAUUAUGAAAAUUCCAGUAAUUGGUUUCCAAGUGCUCCUUUGUAUGCGCUUAGAGGGAACACCUACUGGUGCUAGAAAUAUAUCUCUACCUCUUAUUUUCUCUCCUCUUUUCGUACUUCAAGUAGCUGGUGUCCUAUUUGCUGCUUCUAAGUUGGUGGAGAAACUUUUGCUUUUACUGCAAAAUGGAGCUGGCUCGGGAAGAUAUUUUACGUUCUCUUCAAGAGCUUAUGACUACUUGAGUUUCUUGCGUCAUGGUUCCAGGUUUUUGGGUUGGUGGUCUAUUGAUGAAGGAAGUCAUGAGGAACGGGCCAGACUUUUUCAAGAAGGGGCUUCUGGGUAUAACACUUUCUGUGGUUAUCCACCUGAGAUGGUGAAGAAAAUGCCUAAGAAGGAUCUUGCCGAGGAGAUCUGGAGACUUCAAGCAGCCCUUGGUGAGCAGACAGAAAUAACCAAGUAUAGCCAGCAGGAGUUUGAAAGACUUCAAAAUGAAAAGGUGUUGUGUAGGGUUUGCUUCGAAGGAGAAAUCAGCAUGGUCCUGCUUCCAUGUAGGCAUCGCAUCCUUUGUAGCAUCUGCUGUGAGAAGUGUAAAAGGUGCCCAAUUUGCCGAGUCGCCAUUGAGGAGCGAUUACCUGUUUAUGAUGUUUAACUUUUUAACUAAUUCAGUUUAGUAAAACCAUGUUUCGACUGGUUUCAACUGAAUUUCUUGUUCUAGAGAGUGCUGCUUGUUCAUAUUAACCCAAGCAAACUUUAGGAGACGGUACACGGUUGUACAACUAGAGGGGAUCAACCUUUCUCUGCUGGUUAAAUUGUAAUAUAUUUUGCUUCUUGGUACAGAAAAUGAUGUAAUCUUUGGUAACAUUUUAUAUGCCAUAUGCAUUGCUCUAUGUGUUUGCGCUC